AGUGUGAGAAGGAUUGGAUAUUGCAUAAUUAGAAAAUAGUGAGCCAAAUCGUAAUAAUCUAAAAGAAGAAUGAUCUAAAAUAAAAAAAAAAAGAUACAUGUCAACAAACUCCCAUUUCACAUGUCACAAGAAGAGAGAAAAGUCGACUUUAUAUAUAUGGAUAGACAGAUCAGUUACAUGACUGGUAUGGUAUUUGCUAGUUAAGCAAUUAAACAAAAAAAAAUCUUACAAUCACAUUUAUUGAUGUAGAUAUGUAUAAUAAAAUGAGAAUUCGGCCAAAAAAAUCACGAACUUUGCACGAAUUGCCAAAAGAAACCUGGACAUAUUGGCUGGCCAAUAAAACACUUUACUUUUGUUGACUUUUUUAGUUUAUUAAGAAACUCAGGAUUGGUUGACCAGAUUAACACACCGUUAGCAGAGUUAACAGAUAAUUUAGACGACAUUAUAUCGACGUUAAUUUUGGUCGUCAAAGUAUACGACGUCGUUUCAUCUCUUUGUCUGAUUAAAGACAAAUGAAUGAAACGACGUUGUUUUACGUAGCUUUGUUAUUAAAAAUUUGUGCUUCCAUCGAUUCGAACUCGUGCACUCGUGAUUGAUUGUCGGGGUUUUGCCACUGAGCUAGUGGACUUUUCAAUGGAUUGACGAACAUAGUUCUUUUUAAUGUCUUCAAAUCCGAGUUAAAUGAAUCAAAAAGAAACGACAGCGUUUUCUCUUCGGAUGGCUAUAAACAAAGUAAACCCUAAUUUCCAAAAAUCUCAAAUCGACGAAGAACCCUAAUUUCUCUUCAAUUUAUUCCUUAAGAAGCUCGAUUCUCACCUUUCCUUCUUCGAGUUUCGCAUGAUGAGUUCGGGUUGUGAGGAUUCGUCUGUGAAUACAAUGGGUAUUCGUGGUAGUCCGGAGAAAUGCGACUGUGGUCGAAACACUGGGAUAUACACAUCAAAAUCGAAGCAAAAUCCAGGAAGAACUUUCUUUAGAUGCCCAACGUUUCGAAAUGAUCACUUGUAUAAAUGGGUAGAUGAAGCUGUCUACGAAGAGGUUCAUGAUGCAUUGCCAAAAGUUGAGUGCUUUGCAUCGGAUCUCAUGAAAAUUAAAAUGGAGAUCGAAAGCUUCAAAACUGCGGAGGAAGAGUUGAAAGAAGAUGUCGGGAAGGCAAGCAAUGAACUUACGAAGCUGAAUGUGAUCAUGAAAGUGGGUUUUCUGAUGGUUUUCUUAAGCAUUGUGACAUGUCUUGUGUUGAUAAUGUUUGAUAAAGCAAAUGGGUUGUCUUUGAAUAGCUACUAG